AUGGGCCAUACGGAUGGUCGUGCCACUGAUGACGCGUUCAACCAAGAGUCGGUCGCUACGUCAGCCCGGACGACUUACAUCUGCGCCAAGAUCCUCAGUGAACACCUACAAAAGACUGCUCGACGUCUUCCUCAUGACGAGAGUCGCAAGCUAAUCGAGGGCCUCACAUAUACUUCCGCUAUCCCUGUAUCAGACUCUAAUGAGCGUGAUGGCGAGAGUCAUGACCCGCAAGCCGAGGACCAGGGCACGGUCGGGACAGCAUUGUCAGACUCUCAGCCUAUGUGUUCCUCGCAUCCCUCACUCCUCGGAGGACUUUCUGAACAAGAUGUAAAGAGGUUUGGUGCAUCGUCGCUUCGUUUGACACCUCGUUGUCAAGAACAACUCGCCCAUGAACUGAAGGACACGCUGCUCUCUGUCACAGACUUCAUCUCCGACUUAAAAGCUGGUCCAAAUGGACUUGAGGCCGCAUCGCAGGUGCCUGAUCGCAUCCGUGCUCAGGGCGAGAGCUUAGAGCGAGAGCGCAAGCUCUCCGAGAUGUACCAAGAGCACAUUUCCCAGUUGGUCAGUGAGAUCAACCAGAUCCACCCAAGGCUUGAGGAAGAUCUCAUCGAAGCGCUGUCUGUCCUCCCUUCUAUCCUGAACGACCCCAGAACCGCAGAAGCGGCCCUACUUAGCACCACGAUCGAAGCCUCCCUGAUCAAGCUAUCGCUCAUACGCACUCGCACGCACGUCGCGCUGUAUGGCCACUCAUCUCCGAGUCGCCCCAACGCGACCAUGAGCCGUGCGCUUGCUACCGCGGCGGAGAGAUUACGCGCGAAACAGCGCACGCAGGAAGAAGAGGAACGCGAGCUGGACGGGCAGCUUGCCGCGUACGAUGGAAUGCUCAGCUUGGUGGGCGGUAAAGACGGCAGUUUCGCGCAAGUUGUCGAGGAUAUGGCCCGCGUAAAGCGAGAAACGGAGGAAUGUAGGAAGGACCUGCGGAGGUUGGGAUGGACCGGAGACUAG